AUGUUGUCUCCCAGGAUUUCGGCGGCUCUGCUGCUGCUGAGCAUCACAUCAUGGGCUCGAAGCACUGUGCGAAGUCCAACAAAGAGGCAAUCCUUUGAGUUCAUCAAUGCCACGCAGUACAACAGCACCACCGGACCUGUCGAAGUCAGCAUCUCAACUGCUGGCGGAGGACGGAACCAGACAGCGCCCCUUCUUUACGGCUGGAUGCAUGAGGACAUAUCUCACUCUGGCGACGGCGGCAUAUAUGGCGAGGCCCUGGUCAAUCGUGCCUUUCAGGGUUCUGGUGUCAGUACCGGGUCGUCUCCCGGGAUCCCUGGGACCAGUGUCCUGGAUGCGGAAAAUCCCAUUCUGCCCUGGGGUCCUGUCAUCAAUGGUUGGCGCGGUAUAGGUGAUGUUAGUUUGAGCUUGACCUUACUGCAUCCUCUAUCCGAGGCACUCCCCGUUGCUCUGGAGCUCGACAUCCCCUUCAACGCAACUGGCGAAGUGGGCUUCUUGAACGAAGGCUUCUGGGGUAUAGAUGUGCGGCCAGGCACAUACAAUGCCUCCUUCUACAUCAAGGCGAACAAGCCUCGAAACAACGGCACACUCACCCACAUAGACGUCUCAUUACGUUCCAAUUUGACAUCUGAUGUUUGGAGCACUUCGAGCAUUUCCUUCAGCCCAUAUAACAAUAUCUCGAGUUGGGAAUACGUGCAGUACGCCACGCAGCUCUUCAAUGCCGCCCAAGCCCCGGAUUCUAACAAUACAUUUGCCGUCACAUUUGACGCCGCAGAAGUUGCAGGCAAUACUUAUUAUUUUUCCCUGCUCAGUCUCUUCCCAGAAACAUUCAACGGCCGACCCAACGGGAUGCGGCGAGAUCUAGGUCAGAUAAUUGUGGAUCUAGGCACGAAAGUACUUCGCUUUCCGGGAGGCAACAAUAUUGAAGGGCUCAGUGUGGCGCAGCGUUGGAAGUGGAAUGAAACAAUUGGACCUCUGACAGAUCGCAAAGGUCGCAUUGGAAACUGGGGAUACGUUAAUACAAACGGUUUGGGGCUUUUAGAGUACUUGCAAUUCUGCGAAGACGGCGGUAUCGAACCUCUACUCGCCGUGUACGCCGGCUUUUCUCUGGAUAUAUGGGGCCAGGAUGGCGUCUCCUUUCCCGAGGACCGCAUGGGUGAGGUGCUCGACGACAUCCUAAACGAGCUCGAAUAUAUUAGUGGGGGUACGGAUACACCAUAUGGUGCCCGACGUGCUUCGCAUGGACGUGCUGAACCAUUCAGCCUCAACUAUGUGGAAAUCGGAAACGAAGAUUGGUUCAGCUCAACCUACCCUUACCGAUGGGAUUAUCUCUACAACGGCAUCAAGGCUGUCUACCCAGAGCUCACAUUGGUUUCCACCGCUUUCAACGAGAAUCCCGACUACAACAUCACGCUUCCUCCAGGUUCGAUGUGGGACACGCACCACUACGAGGACGCAUCCUUCUUCGUGGAGGGUUUCGACUUCUACGACCAUUGGCAAGAAGACACGGACAAUCCGAACGUCACCAUCUUCGUGGGAGAGUAUUCAAUGUAUCAGAUUGACACCCCCUCAGGAUAUAUCAAUUACUCCCGGCCCCCAGACAUACAUAUUUUCUAUCCGACCCUCGAGGCGGCGAUUGCAGAGGGUGUGUAUCUGCUCGGCGCGGAGCGCAACCCAAAUGUGGUGAAGAUGAGUGCCUACGCUCCGAGCUUUGCAAAUCUCAACUACGAAGAGUGGACCCCAAAUCUGGUGACUUUCCAGGCCGACUACGAUUUGACCGUUCUCAGCACGAGUUACUACAUGCAACAAUUGUUCGCACAUCACCGAGGAGUCGAGACGCUACCUACCACCACGGUGGCAGGAACGUUCAAUCCCCUUUGGUGGGCUGCAUCAGUGGAGGAAGGAGAUGCCACCGUCUACUUCAAGGUAAUUAAUUCCGGAAACAGCUCUGUCCCGUUGAAACUCGACUUCGACAAGCCUUGGGCAGCGGUCAACGGAACGAUCAUUACUUCGUCUAAACUCAGUGAUUUCAACUACGUCGGCAACGCAACCUCUGUUUCGCCUGCUCCAAUUGUUGAUCUUCCGGUGAGCAGCUGGAAUCAAACGACGUUCGAUUGGGCUGUACCGGCAUGGUCGAUCAACGUUCUCCAAUUCGCGAUAUGA